GUAGUGCAAGGGUUUCUUCGGUAGGUAAAGAUGGUUCUGACCAAGAGACACUCGCGAGCAUAGUGAAAAGUCGAGAAAAAUGAAAAUGUUUCAUUGAUCAUUAGCUUUUGUAAAUAAGUUGGACAGAAACAGAGCUUACUAUCUGAAAAUGAAGAAUUGCUUGCAAAGAGCAGAGUGAAUAUGGGAGACCGUUCGUGGCGUAAAGUGCAAUCUCGCCUAGAGACAACAAUGUAAAUAAGUAGAAAAAUAUGGCUAGCGACGGCGGAGGUUUUGUUCUUUAACUUUUUUUUCGACAUUCGGAGUAAACAAAUAUGGAGCAGCAAGAAGACUGCGGGAGAAAUUUGAGGAACCAAGUUGUCUGUCGCUUUCAGCAUGAUUACAAACAUGAUGGAGCAUGCCCACCAACCAAGCAACCAGUUACGCAGCAGCCUGAUAGGUCAACCGUAUGUAUCGCUGUUUACCUCAUGUCAGAAGUCUGCCUAACUAUGGACAUAGAGCGAAAUGCAACAGCUCAGCAAAUCAUCAAUACAGUUCAAGCGGAUCCAGAAUUAGCUCUAGCAAGGACACCACCAUUCACUAGUAGUCAACCAGUGUUUGCUUUGUGGUUGUGCUCAUCGCAGCUGGAAGUACAGCUAAGACCAAAUCAUAAACCACUGGACUUAGCAACAAAGUGGCCUCGAUUAGUCAAUAAGUAUGGUUCACAGAGAAGUAGGGACAGCGACGAAGAGCCUAUAUUGUAUUUUCGAAGAAAUGUCUUUUUGUCGAGAAGGGAUGAAGAGCAGAUUAAGGAACCAAAAAUUAUGGAACUCCUUUAUGCAGAGGCAAAAAAAAAUGUGCUCGAUGGAAGGUAUCCCUGCGAAAGCCAGGCGCGCUAUGCGAGCCUAGGUGCUCUACAAGCUCGUAUCGAGCUAGGCCCUUACAACGUUCAGGCCCACACGUUAGCCUUCUUUCGCAAGCACCGGGGUCGCUUUCUGCCGCACCACUACAACUCGCCUUCGCUGCUGUUAGGUCUAGGCUUUGGCCUGGGCCUCGUAGGAGGAAAGGGCGCGCCCGAGGCUCGACUACUCGAACAGUACAAGCGCAUACCCAAUCACUCGGGCACAAACACGAACCCGCGCAAGCUCGUGAGAAAGUAUCUCGAGUUUUGCUGGGGACUUCCCUGCUACGGGGCCGCCUUCUUUCAGGGUCAGAUCGAGAGGCCUGUCCGAGGCUUGGCCUCUUGGAUCACAAAUCGCGACCUGCCGGUACUCAUCGCGAUAAAUACCAUUGGCGUGUACAUAGUCGACGAUGCACAAUGUAGUCUGUUGUUGGGAUUGAGGUAUUCAGAGUUGAAUUGGGAAAUGGCCAAGCCUUCUGACGAGGGCAAUCCAGAUUGCUUGCCUUGCUUGUUUCUCCAAUUCCCCGUGCGAGAAAACGGUGCACGUGUAUAUAAAAUACUACAAGUAUUCUCAAGACAAGCAAUAAUGAUGGACACGCUGAUAUCUGGUUUUGCCGAAGAAAGCAGACAAAGCGAAGCAGCCGAUGAAAUUGUAAAUGCUAACAACAGAUUACAAGAUAAUUCAAUGUUGUCAAACGUUGGGAGUUUCACAAAUAAGCUUAGUAAAUUCACCCUUGCUACGUUCGACGACGAAGGCCAUUGCAUUGGUCAAAUGGGUUCGUGGUCCUUUCAGUAGCCGUUCGCUCCUGCGAGUCCCUCAACUCACAUGACAUCACAUAACAUAAUAACUGUCGAAAAAUUAGAGCCAAAACCUACAUUUUUAUAAAAACUCAUAUUCUGUACAAAAAUCUAUCAAGCGUCAUUCAUUGUUCAAUGAAAUAAAUAGACGAUCCUUUUACACGUA